UAUUAUAAAUUUAUAUAAAAUGAAAUGAUAUGGCCAUCAAUGAUCGGCAAUCAGGUGCAUAUGUAGUCAGGUAACAAACUUGCAUUGAUGCAUGCAUGAUAAAUCAAUGCAGCGGCGUCUUACGUGUUGUGCAUUAUUUAAUAGAUCCAAUAUCCAACAGGAACUAUUUUUAUUCUUUUCAUUAAAAUUUAAACACAUACUUAUCAUUUAUAAUAACUUAUUAUCAUUAUUAUUUUAUUUGUAUGUAUCCAAGGGAUGUAAGAUAUGCGUAGAAACAAUUGCGCAGAUUAAUUUGCAAUAUUUCGCGUGAUGUAUAACAUAAAAUCGAAAUAUAAUAAAACGACCGCGGUGUUAACGCUCGACAUCAGUUACGCGCCAACCGUAUUCAAGAAAUCAUGAGAUAACGUUUUUACGAAAUUUAACUUAUCGUAGUGACGUUAAUUCUGAUUUUUUGAAGUUUCUUUUAAAUGAUUAAUUACAUACUUUUUAUAUCGGCCGGCAAUAAUUCUCAGUAAAAACUAAUCAGCUCUAGUCUCUUUUAUUUUUUAUUGAUGAUUUCGCCGGGAGCGAUGAUCGUAAAAAUAAAAAAUUUUUUAUCUGUGAAACAUUAAAUUUUAAUUGAAAAUUUUAAACUUGAAGCGCUUGUUGUUAAAUUACAAAGUAAACAAGUGAAUCGCUUAAAAAGGAGUUUAGUGUUUUUUGUAAAUUUAAAAGUGCGCGGAUUUUAUUUCUGAUGUUUUUUUCUGGAAAAAAUUUUUAUUCAAGUGUUUGUCAUUUUAAUUAAUGUGAACAGUGUUUUUUAAAAUUUAUUUUAAAUUCAAUUAAUAGCAAUGACAACUACACUAGAGUCAUGGAACAACUCAUUAUUGACAUUGGAUUCAAAUUUAACAACAAUGAUAACUUUUACCGAUGUAACAACUCCGAAAAAACUUACUGCUGUUCAGCAAAUUAUUCUGACGCUAGUGUUUAUAUUUGGGAUAGUCGGCAAUAUUUCAGCUUUGAUUAUACUUUUUUAUAAAGAUAAGAGGAGAAAUCAUAAGCAUUUGUUGAUGCUGCGAUGCCUGGCCUUUAAUGAUCUGAUCGCUCUUCUGGGCCAAUUGGUUCAAAUGUACGUAGCGACUUACGCACCUUCAAUUGCAACCCAACAAUAUUUUUGCGCAUUAAGAAUACUUUGGCGUACUUUCGGGCUUUUUAGCGGCGGGGUUGCGAUUGUUAUGGCUGUUGAGAGAUGGCUAGCUUUGGCGCGUCCGUUUGUUUAUCAGAAGCACGUGACUUAUCCAAGGAUUGUACAUUUUAUGAUAAUAUUUUGGAUAGCUGCCUUAACAGUGACAAGUUUACCACUAUUUGGAUUUGGAUUAUAUUAUGAUAAUGGGCAGUGUGUUCGUUAUCGUGAGGCCAAAAUGCCAAUAGAUAUUGCCUAUGCGUAUCUAUCUUUUUCUUUUGGAACUUGUCUAUGCUUCUCUAUUGUUUGGUUUAAUUUAGCGGUGACUAAAGUAUUAGGUAAGUUUCGCCAGAAAAAUAAACUAUUAAGAAGAUGUUCACGUGCAGCCUCCCACAAUAAAGCAUUUUCACCUUCAAAAACUUUUUCGCUGGGAGAAGUUGGUUCUACUUGUGAAGAAAGAGCAUUUGCUAGAUUGAUGACUGUUCUUUCUACAUCAUUUGUAAUUUGCUGGAUGCCUCACAUGAUUACAAUACCUGUAGCUCAAUAUUACUUGAGUUUAAAAGAAACCACGACUGUAAUAAAAAAAAGUAUUAAAAUAUUUUUCCAAAUAGCCGAUGUACUACUUGGUGUCCAUUUUACCCUGGAUCCAUAUUUUUACGUACUGCUGCGUAUGCCGAAGAAUAAAUUUUCGCUAUUAAAACACUUGUGCAGAAUUUGUUGGCCGGCUCGAAGUCGUUCAAGCUCUUCGAGUGACCAUCAUGAUCACAGUGGUGAAGAUCCUCCGACUCCAAUUACUGAAGUACCACUUACUUCAAUUAUUGCAGAACAUCAAGAUUUAUUGCACUUAAAUACGCUUCCACUAAACUCAAAGUUAUUUGUCAUAAACGAAUGAUCAAGAUGCUACUGUCUAGUUAUUAUAAUUAAAUUAUUUAUUAAUAAGGACUGAGACAAAACGGAAACGUUGAAAAAUAUCAUUUUACUAAUUUAUGAUAUUGCGUGCCUAGAGGUAAAAGGGUGUAUAGCUAAGGGUUAACAGGGAUUUGUACUGAAAGGGCGUAUAAAAAUUUUUUUUUUUGCUAUUCGGUUUGAAAUUGUCUGAAACGUAAAAAUCUGUGAAAAAAAAAGUCGGUAUCCUAAAGCUGAAAGGGCGUAUCUCAAGACAUACACCCUUUCAGCUUUUAAAAGUAUUACUUAAAGAUAAAAGGGUGCAUAAAAAAAAAUGUAGUUUUGAUACCAAAUUUUAAAUAUUGA